AUGCUACAGUCUCUCCUGCUGCUGCUCCUGGGCAGUCCGCUCUGCGCGAUUGCGCAGUCGGCUGCGGAUUACUAUGUUAGAUCACUUCCGGGACAGCCGGAGGGUCCAUUGUUGAAGAUGCAUGCUGGGCAUAUUGCCAACCGACAGCGCACCAUCAUCUGGCUGAAUGGGGGUCCAGGGUGCAGCUCCAUGGACGGCGCCCUGAUGGAGAUUGGGCCCUACAGGUUAAAGGACGAUCAUACGCUGGAAUACAACAAUGGCUCUUGGGAUGAAUUUGCCAACUUGCUGUUUGUGGAUCAGCCGGUGGGAACCGGCUACAGCUAUGUCAAUACAAACAGCUACUUGCAUGAAUUGUUCGAGAUGUCCGCGGAGUUUAUGAUCUUUUUGGAGAAGUGGUUCAAGAUUUUCCCAGAAUAUGAGAGUGACGAUAUUUACAUCGCUGGAGAAUCUUAUGCCGGCCAGCACAUCCCAUACAUCGCCAAAGCCAUCCUCGAACGGAAUCAAAAAGUCGCGUCCACCGGUGGCACUCAAUGGAACCUGAAAGGGCUCUUAAUCGGCAAUGGUUGGAUCUCGCCAGCGGACCAGUACCCGACUUACCUCCAAUUUGCAUAUAAGGAGGGUCUAAUUGCGAAAGGCAGCGACAUCUCUUCAAAUUUGGAGUCACUGCAGUCCGUCUGCUUUGCUCAGCUAGAGGCCUCCGGCGGAAAAGAUCGAGUUGAUAUCCCUGAGUGCGAAAAGGUCCUCACAGAAAUGUUAUCCUUAACCACGGAUUCCAACAAGCAGUGCAUCAACAUGUACGACGUGCGUCUCCGUGACGAGUCCUGUGGGAUGGCCUGGCCUCCAGAUCUGGAAUAUCUGAGACCAUACCUGCAGCGACCGGAUGUCAUGCAAGCCCUGAACCUCAACCGUGACAAGGCUAGUGGGUGGGAGGAGUGUGCUGGUGCUGUGAGCAAGAAUUUCAAGGCAAAGCACUCGCUGCCUUCGAUACGGCUCCUCCCGGAAUUGAUCGAAUCCGGAAUUCCCGUUCUCCUGUUCAGUGGAGACAGGGACCUGAUUUGCAACCAUCUUGGUACCGAGCAGCUGAUUCAUAACAUGAAAUGGAACGACGGGACUGGCUUUGAGACAUCUCCUGGGGUUUGGGCGCCCCGACGUUACUGGACCUUUGAAGGCGAGCCAGCUGGUUAUUAUCAGCAGGCGAGAAACCUGACGUACGUCCUCUUUUACAACGCCAGUCACAUGGUGCCGUUCGACUUCCCUCGCCGGACUCGUGAUAUGUUAGACCGUUUCAUGCACGUCGACAUCGCCAGCAUCGGUGGCUCCCCAGCCGAGUCGCGUAUUGACGGCGAGAAGUUGCCCCAAACCUCCGUGGGAGGCCAUCCCAACAGCACUGCUGCUGAGGAGCAAGAGAAGCAGAGACUGAAGCAAGCUGAAUGGAAGGCAUACGCCAAGUCCGGCGAAGCCAUGCUGGUCGUCGUUAUAAUUUUGGUGUGUGUCUGGGGAUUUUUCAUCUGGCGCAGUCGCCGUCGUCACCGCGGGUACCGUUCUGUCUACCGGAACGGCGAGGCUUCCACCGGCGGCUCUUCCAGUGUCUUGGACCGGUUCCGGAACAAGCGAGAAGCAAACGGAGAUAUCGAAACAGCCGACUUUGAUGAAUCGGAGCUGGACAGACUCAACCUGGAGGGUUCUCGGAACAUGGAAGCAGAGCACUACGCGAUUGGUGACGAUGAUGAUAGUGAUAACGACGAAUCACCAUCACAGCAACAACAUCCCGACUCUCGAAGAGAGAGUCAUCCGUCGGGAGAGAGAUGA